GGCUUUAAGCUCUGGUUGUGUCUGUUUUCCGCUUUAAUGGAAUUCCACUUUAAAUGUUUGUUUUUAUUUUUGUAUGCUUGUUUGUUUAAGAAAAUCAAGCCUGUGUGAAUAGACGUAUCAUUUGGGAAAUAUACAAUGUGGAAGGAGGAGUAAACUCUGUGGUAAAGGAGUAAACCUUGUGCCUGGCAGAGAAGGAGACCACCAGACUGCAAAGAUGAAAGUGAAAUGGACCAAGUUGGGCAUGGUCUUCUUUCUGCUUCUCUCUUUUGUAAUGACGGGCUGUUUUCUUUGGCAGUACAGGAUUCCCAAAGCAACGCCAGUGGAUAUAAGAGUUGCAAAAGAAGUGAAAGAGGAGAAGAUGUGCCCACGUUUCCCUGAGGCCGUACCGCUGAAGCACCCAAUACCUGUCCUCAUGAAUGCUUUGGACAAGGUGGAUGUGCUUUUGAGAACCAACCUUGAUUCCACAAAACUGCCGGCCGUUUCUGCCAUUGUAAUAUUUAAUGAUUCUGUAUUGUGGAAUGGUAAUUUUGGCAGAAAAAAUGGAAGUGACCCGAAGUCUCCCCCAAUAAAUGAGUACACAGUUUACAGAAUUGCAAGCCUCUCAAAAAUCUUCCCCACCUUGAUGCUGUAUAAACUUUGGGAGGAUGGAAAAGUGGAUUCCCUGGAUGACCCUCUGGGAAAGUAUGUUAAGAACUUCACCAUGAAAAACCCUCUGGGGAAAAGAUGGGGUCAUGACCUCAAGUCCAUCUCUGAAGGCAUGAGCAGUAAAGAGGCUCAAGCUCACAUCUCCUCAGUUACCUUGAGAAGGAUGGCCAGUCAGCUGUCAGGCUUACCAAGGAGGCUCAGGGCGACUACUUUACUCUGGAAAGGCAACACUCAGGCCGCUGUGGAUUUAUUACAAGAUGAUGUUCUCGUUGCUGACCCUGGAACAAAAUGCCACUACAGCAACUUAGCCUUCUCCCUGCUGGCUCACGUGAUGGCGGAGAAGGUAGCAGGGACGGAUUAUCAACGAUGGGUGUCUGAAAAUAUCUUGCAACCACUGGGAAUGGAGGACACCGGAUUUGAAAUCACCCCACAGAUUGAGGACCAGAUGGCAAUAGGUGUUUACUCAAGUGGGCAGCCUGCACCCCUGUAUGACCUCGGCUGGUAUAGACCAUCGGGGCAAAUGUACUCCACGCCUGCUGACAUGGCCAAACUGGUGAUGAUGCUGCUGGGCGCAUACUACCGUCAGGUUCUCAAGCCCGAAACCCUCAAAACCAUGCUGACUCCUCUGUUUCGCUGUGAAAAAAGUUACUUUGCAGAACAAUCGGGCACACCUUGGGAGGUGAAUGAACAGUUGGGCUAUGACAUCAUACGUAAAGAUGGAAAUCUAGAUGGUUAUUCAGCCUCGAUUUCCCUCGUUCCUCGCUUGAAGCUCGGGUUGGUCAUUUUAAUGGCUGGAACCAAACCUGAAGAUGAGGAUCUCGUGGCCAAGGCAUACAGUUAUCUCAUCCCUGCCAUGGAAAGUGCCUUCAGGAAUGCACCUCGUGUUCUCAUCCCUCCACCAGACCCUGCUCCCUACAUAGGCUUCUUUACUUAUAGCAACAUAACGUUCUAUGAGAUCAAAACAGACACAGAUGGAGUGCUGUCUCUGGAGCAGUUCGGACCCCAAGUAGACACCAUGAUUCCUUUGAAGUACAGAAGUUUGAAACUGAGUUAUCUGCAGGAUAGGGUGUUCAGGGUGGUGUUUGAGAAGGAGUACCCAUGUCAGCUGAAGGUUAUCGCUGCCUCUGUGUCUCUUGAAUCUCAGGACGGGCAGCUCUUUAACUUUUACAUCUUCAACAAAAAGGGCCAAUCACCAGGUUUUGAUGUCCCGGGGUUAAACACCUACAAAGUUGCACGGAUAACCCGCAAACCCAUUUUCAGCAGUUGAAGAAAUAAUGUGAUCAUGCUUUUGAUAAUCUGAAAUCAUUAUGAUCAUGAACUGUUAGUGCUCUUUUUGACGAAAGUGUCAAACUCAGAGGAACUUGUGCUCAUUUUAAUAAAUAUUUGCCUCAAGAUAAGAGCUGAAAGUAUAGAAUACUUUUUUUCUUAUUUUAUUGUGACAAUUUUGAAAAUGUACAUUUUUAUAUAGGCUAUAGUGUCACUUGACUUCCAUAGAAAAAAAAAAAAAUACUAUGGAGGUCAAUGGUGGCAUAGUUCCAAUCGUAGAUGAUGACAGAAUUUUCAUUUUUGGGUGGAGUAUCCCAUUAAUUAAAAGUGAAGUGUGUGCCUUUCCUAAGCAUAUCACCUGUACACCAGUUUCCGUACCCAAGUUUAGAAUUGACUUGUCUUUAAAUGCAGUGUAAAAGGCCCACACCAAGGAUGUUAACUAUAAGCGUUUCUAACUCGAGAUUGAUGAUAUUGACACGAAGGAACGAUAUCAUUAGAAUAAAUUUCAGAAUUGUUUUCCAGCUGAUGAAUGAUAAAAAAAACAUUGACAGACAACCAGAAUCCCACCUGGAGUGCACUCUUAUAUUAAACACAUUGUUCUUGUGCGUUAGUUUGGACGCUAAAAAGGUUUUGUUAUGAUGAAAUAUAUAGCCUAUUAUUGUUCUUAGUGUGAACGGGCCUCGUUUUAUCCCCUUAAUUUUUAUUGAUAAUGUAAAUGUCAUUUUUGUUAAGCAAAUGUCAUUUUUUGUUAAAUGUCAGUUUUGUAUGCAGGCUGUAUAUGAAAAAAAUCUAUACUCUCACACUGUAUAUGCAGGCUGUAUAUGUUUUAUGACGUAUAAAAUUUUUUAUAAAAA